AUGCUGGGUGCUCCCGCGGAUGAGGCUGUUGACGACGGCGUACCCGGGGUGGCCGAGACGGUGCCCGUGAUCGAUGAGGUGACAACGGCAAUGACUGCCGGAUCUGGGUUUGUAGCCAUGCGCAAGGACGUUCGCGAAAAGGUCGACUUUGAGGUUAUUCCUGAGGCGGCAUGGCGAAUGCUGCAAGAGGCGCACGGAGACGGGAGCGGUCCAGAGCUGUGCCGCAAGGUGGUGGCGCGCGGCAGCGGCAACCUCGGCGUCGAGCUCCACCCGCUUGUCCUGCAUCUCAUCAGUUACACAAGCCGGAACGGAUUUGGUCCGCGGACUCUGGUGGUCCGGCCACGGGAGUGUGCAAUGGCGGAUCUUGUGGGCGACGUGCGGGCAGUGUUCGGAUGGAGCAGCGAGACGCCGCUAGCAAUGUGGCGGUCGGACGAGGCAGCGCCGACGUCCGAGACUGCGAUGCAGAGAGCCGAGUACACACGGGUGGCGCUGAAGGCUGCGACGCUCGACGAUGCAGAGCUUCUCGAUGGCGCAUUGGUGGUUGUGGUCUCCGGCCCACUGGCUGAGAGCGGACAGCCCCCGUGGCGGGCGGCGGGCACAGGAGCGACGGUGGAGGGCCGAGCCGGACUUGCGGGACUCCGCAACUUGGGCAACACGUGCUUUAUGAACGCGACGCUCCAGGCACUGUCGAACACGCCGCAGCUUGUGGCGUACUUUGCAAGCGGGGCGUUCGUUCGCGAUGUGAACGUGGAGAACAAGCUAGGGACCGGCGGAGCGCUUGCAGCGGCUUGGGCAGAUCUGGUGCGCGAGCUGUGGCUGGGACCCAAAGCUUCUGUGGCACCGAGCAAGUUCAAACGGGUGCUGGGGCAACUGGCGCCGCAGUUCUCGGACUUUAAGCAGCAGGACGCCCACGAACUGUUCUCAUUUGUGCUCGAUGGUCUCCACGAGGACGUCAACCUGGUGACUGACAAGCCGGUGACCGAGAAGCUCGAGCUAGAAGAUGGGCAGGACGAGGCAUGGCUGGCGGGUGAGUCGUGGGCGACGCAUCUGCAGCGAAACAAGUCGGCGGUUGUUGACCUCUUCCAUUUUCAGCUCAAGUCGACGGUGGUGUGCCCUCAGUGCGAGCGGGUGUCUGUGACGUUUGAUCCGGCAUGCGCGCUCUCUGUCCCGCUGCCGAGCUCGGGUAAGGCACGGAUUGGACUGACCAUGGUGUUUGCCAGUGCUACAAGUCCGCCGCUGAAGGCGUGCCUCGAGCUGGACGCCGAGUGCAACGUCGGGCACCUGAGGCACCAGUUGGCUUGCCUCACUGGAGUUCCCUCGGGCCAGAUUGUGAUUGGAGCAGUGGAUGACAGCCGACUUGGCAGCACGUUUGGAAACAAGAAGGCGCUAUCCAAGGUGCCGCGUGCUGGCGGUGACGGGCCGUCGGUUGUGGCGUGGGAGCUUGCGCCGGGCUCGUCGCGCGCGCUGUAUGUGCUGUUCCGCCGGCGGGAUACCCGCGUUUGCGGCGGGUGCUCCGCGCCAGCGACUCGGCUGCGGUGCAAGCAGUGCAAGGUGCAGUACUACUGCUCGCGCGAGCACCAGGUUGCCGACUGGAAGUACCACAAGAAGCGGUGCGGCGUGGCGAGUACGCCGCCGCGGGCACGCAUGGUGAUCUUUGGCACACCACUGGUGAUUGGCCACGAUCUGGCAGCGCCGCAGCUGACCGGUCGGGCGCUGUAUGCCACCAUUGAGGCAGCCAUUGCCGGGCGCGUGAGUAAGGCCUGGGCCAAUGGGCCGUCCUCGCCGCCGCCGUAUUUGCUACGGCUCUGCGAUGCUGAUGGCAUCUCGUGUGCUGUCUGUGAGCCGGAAGCGCGCUGCCGCGGCUGCGCUGUGGCGUGGGACGCAGACGAGCCUGUGGCUGUGCCCAAGCGGGCGAGGGUGGUGGUGGACUUUGGCGGCGACGACGGCGGCAGCAGCGUGUUGCUGGGCGCGGCAGCGCCUGCUGUUGAGAUCGACGAGUCUGCGGCGCGCGGGACGGGCAUCACGCUCGGUGAGUGCGUGGCGCAGUUUGAGGCGUCGGAAGUGCUCGAUGAGCACAACGAGUGGUACUGCAGCGUGUGCGCUCAGCACCAACAGGCGACACUGCAGAUGAAGAUGUGGUCGGCGCCGCGGGUUCUCGUUGUGCAUCUCAAGAGGUUCCGCCGGCGCGGCUGGACCGGGUUCUUUGGCACCAAGGUGACCGAUGCAGUCGACUUUGACGAGACGCUUGAUCUCCGCCCGUUUGUGGCCGGCGAUGUCGAUCCUGGCACGGGUGAGCCGUUUCCAGCCAGCAUGCCGUACGUGCUGUACGCGGUGGUCAACCACAUGGGCAACAUGUACUCGGGCCACUACACGGCGUAUGCGCGAUCGCCGCGGGCGAACCUGAGCCAGGUGCUCGCCGAGCGCGACGCCGACGCGACGGCGGCGCGCAUCGGCGAGGUGGCGAGCGACCCGUGCCAUGAGCAGUGGUGGCUCUACAAUGACUCGACGGUGAGCAGGGUCUCUGCGGCGCGGGUGCUCAGCGACCGGAGCCACGCGUACAUGUUGUUUUAUAUGCGGGCGUGGUGAGUCUAGAGUUACGAUCAGGCCAUGCGGUACAUGCUAUGUUUCGCCGCAAUCAAGCCAUGCGGGCAAUGGGUGCGUCGGCAACGUUGGCUACAACGCCCUGGACGUGGGCCACGAGCUCUUUGGUAAUGGUCUCGGACUCGCGGGCGGCGUCGCAGCGAAACCAUGUCUCGGGAUCGGCAGCGGCCAUGUCCUCGAAAAUGCCACGGACAAUCCGCUGGAACUCCUCCUUCUCAUAGCGC